AUGACUUCAGCGGAACACUUUAUUAGUUUAAUCACAGUAGCAAGUGCUAAAAAGUUGGCUACUGCACUUGUCUUAUGUUUUAUUCUGUAUCAUGGAUUAAUGCACCUUAUUUAUGGUAGUGAUUCCUGUAAGUGGUUGUUAACAGAAGGAAGAUACAAAGGGGAUAAAGAAUGGCAACCUCAUGGUUGUAUGAUGCAUUAUUACACCCAAACAGACAGUCGAAGAUGCUUGAGGUAUCUAGCUUUCAUGGGCCACCGGAAUCAUUUUGCACUCAUUGGAGAUGAUAGAAUCAGGCAGUUGUACAAGUCUUUUAUAUCACAAUUUAUAGUAGAUGGAAAGUCAUCGGAUUUAACAGAUUUACCACAAAAUUCAGAUUUAAAUUUCAAUGAUGCCCAGCUUAGAUUAAAUGUACAGUUUUUAUGGAGACCUCGAUUGGACAAUUCUAUGAUAGAAGAUCUCAGAGGCUGGAUGAAAUCUGAUGCACCCAGUUUGAUUGUUGCAGGCAAUGCAGCUAUGACAAUUCUUGCAAACAAUAAUAGCGAUACUCAGUUGUAUUCUGAAUACAACAUGGGAUUAGUAAGGCUUGUACAGCCAGUAGAUUUUUUAUCUAAAAAGAAUACACGAUUUUUAUGGGUGCUACAGGAUCCUGUGUUGAAAGAAAGAUUACCAGCUCAGUUAGCGGGUAUAGAUAAUAAGCAGAUCAAUUUGUGCAAUAAGGCAGCAGUAAAGAUACUAUCCCAUAGCGAAGUAAAUUUAUGGGAAAGCAGUAAACUCGUUGGCACAGGUGUUUUAGAACAAAGUCCAGACGGAUACUUGGCUAGUCCUCUGUCCUUAAGACACAAAGUUCAAAUACUAUUAAACACUUACUGCAAUGAUCAUAUGAACUUCGAUGAUGGUAGCUGUUGUAGUUAUCCAGAACCAGCGACAACGUUACAAUUACUAAGUUUGUCUGGUCUGGCUCUAUGUAUAAUAAUUGGUGGUGGAAUGUGGUUGUACAGAAAGUUUUGUCAGUAUCGGACCGAAAUAUCCUAUCUACGCGUCACCACCACCGAACUGGAGAAUAUUGAAGAAGCAAAUACUUCUGAAGUUAUGCAGAUCGAACAACCUGAAGUACAAGACUUUUAUACAUUGAUGACGUCCUUGGCUCUUUUAUCCAUCAUUUUAGCUUACUUUUACUUGUGCGAUAGAACAAAUUUCUUCAUGAAAGAGAAUAAAUAUUAUAGCGAGUUCAGUUUCUGGUUACCACUCGGAUAUAUACUGGCUCUUGGAUUAUUUUUCACCGAGGAUAGAGAAAGAGGACCAAGGACUUUGAACCGGGAACAAACAGACGAGUGGAGAGGGUUAAUGCAAGCUGUGGUUUUAAUAUACCAUGUCACUGGAGCCAAGAACGUCUUACCUAUCUAUAUGUACUUAAGAUUAAUCAACUCUGCAUAUUUAUUUCUGUCUGGAUAUGGACAUUUCUGUUACUUUUGGCAGACCGGUGAUGUUUCUCUUGUUAGAUUUACUAGAGUAAUGUUUAGACUGAACUUUUUAACAGUCUCAUUGUGUCUUUGUAUGAACAGACCGUAUCAAUUUUAUCAUUUCGUUCCAUUGGUCUCGUUCUGGUUUUUAGUCAUCUAUUUCUUAGCAUGGUUGCCACCGAGAAUAUAUUCCGGCAGCUUAACCGAAUACGGCCCGAGAGCUUUACUCUAUCUUGCGUUGAAACUUUUAGGCCUUGUUUCGAUGAUUACUAUAUUAUACGUUUCGGAGGUGUUCUUUGAAAAAGUUUUUGUAACAAGACCUUGGAAAGCACUGUUUGUAACAACAGACGAUGACAUACGUGAAUGGUGGUCACGUUGGAGGGUGGACAGAUACAGUGUGGCAUGGGGUGUAACUUUCGGAGCGGGUCUUGUUGCUUUGCAAAGGAUAGAUCACAUUCCAGGAACUGCGUUAUCUUCUGUGCUGGCACUGAUUUCUUUAACAGCUUAUACUACAUUCACUAUACUGUGUCACUCAGUAUCGGAGUGUGAAGAAAUUCAUUCAUACGUGGCGUUUAUACCGAUUAUAGGAUAUAUAGCACUGAGAAAUGCAUCUUUAGCAUUGCGCAGUAAACAUUCAGCUCUCUUGGCUGGUUUAGGACGAAUCAGUUUAGAAACUCUAGUCGCACAGGGCCAUAUCUGGCUAGCAGCAGAUUCACAUGGUGUGUUAGUGUUACUACCAAGAUUUCCAGUAUUAAAUUUAUUAGUCACAUCAUUUAUCUUUAUAUGCGCGAGUCACGAAAUACAUAGAUUGACCCAGAUUCUGGCACCGUACGCAGUACCAAAUGAUUGGAGACUGGUCGCUCGUAAUUUGUUAUUAUUUAUUGCAAUCCUUGUACCAAUAGGUAUCCACGAUGGAAUGUUUUGA